CAAUAUCCUGGAAGUCCCUCGUAUUGCCUAAUCUUGGUGUUCAUAACACAACAAUAUCCAAUUCAGCACCUGUCAAGUUACACUCUAAUCUCCAAACUGGAUUUCUUCCAAAUGAAGCAGCUGAAACGUAAAAGGAAAAGCAAUUAUAGCGUCAAGGAAACACAGACACUAAUUAGGGAAAUCCGGAAAAGGAAAGAUGUACUUUUCUCUAAGCAGCAGAACACAGCCAUUAACGAGCUGAAGAGAAGGGCUUGGGAUGAGGUUGCGGAUUGCGUGAACGCGUUAGGAGAAGGAGAGCUUCGAACUGCAGUGGAGGUGAAGAGGAGGUACCUGGACUGGAGGGCACUAAUGAAAAGAAAGCAGGUGAGGGCUGAGCUGUCCCAAGUUAAGAAUGAAUACAACCUUUCAUCACCGGAUAUAUAUAACUCUGUCAGCAGUGACCAGAGCGUGGACUUGAGUGGUUUUUCCAAGGAUUUGUCUUGUGAGUGGCAAGAUUUGUCUGAGUUUGGUGAGCCCAACAGUCAGCCGUCAUCGAGUGUCAAGAUAGAAGAUGAUGAUCCUCAGAAUUAUAAGCUUGAAGGAGGAGAAGAAGAAGAAGAAGAAGAAGGGGAAGGAGAAGUGGGAGAGGGGGAUGAAGAAGAGGAUGAGGACAGUUUCCCCACUAUCUUGCCCGGCAUCGAAAGAGAAGGCAGAGUUCCGGAAGUGUUUGCGCACAUAGACGAGUUUGGGAUGCUCAGCGCCACCAAAGCAGCAACGAGAGACGCAGCCGACGCCGAUGACGGGACCAACAUUCUCAUCACUCUGGAGAAACAGAGGCUGGACUUGGAGAAGCACCGGCUGAACGUUGAGUCGGAGAGGCUGCAGGUGGAGAAGGAGCGGCUGCAGAUUGAGAAGGAGAAGCUGAGGCGGAUAGACAUCGAGCACGAGAGGCUGCAGCUGGAGAAAGAGCGCUUGCAGAUUGAGAGGGAGCGGCUUCGGCUCCUCAUGUUCCAGUCCGAGAGGCCCGCGCUGGACUGUGAGCACAGCCAGACGGAGCGGAAACCCUGGCAACCCGUUGAUCUGGAGGGCGAAAAACUCAAACUGGAGAAGGAGCGUUUGCAGCUGGAAAAAGAGCGGCUGCAGUUUUUUAAGUUUGAAUCCGGGAGGCUGCAAAUCGAAAAGGAGCGCCUGCAGGUGGAAAAGGAACGGUUGCAGCUCCACAAAGAUGGACAGCAGUUAGCACUUCAUCAAUCACGUUAGCUCCAGGUUUUAAUUUGAUUUUUUUUAAUUGAGUUACUAUUAAGUGUAACGCCAAUGUGCAUUAGAACUGGCAGCCAUUACCAAGAUCUGUUACAUCAAAUUCCAUAACUCAUGCUGUGAAUAGUCUUAUUUAAAAGUGAUUGUUUUCAGACAAAAGAUUAAAGUUGUACAGUGGCUGCUAGUGUACUACAGCUUAGAUAUAUUGUAGGUGCAACAUGCAGUAGGCCCUAUUUAUAAACCCAUGUUUUAUUAAACCAGUAAGGUUUGGUAUUCACAAAUUCUUUCUUGAUAGUUUUUUUUUUUCUUUUCGAUGUUUCUGUGUUUCCUGAUGCUCUAAGAAUAAAGGUUUUUAUCAAUAUUGCCCAUUUAUCAUUUUGAUUUCCAUGAGAACUGUGCUUACGAAACAUGCUUCAGUUAAUCUUUAAAAUAUUGAAUAAAAUGUCAGUAGAGUUAUGUGUAUACGUUUAAAUCUGUGAAGUGUGUACUGGAGACUGUGUGAUCAGAAACAGCAACACAGGGAUUUAAAACAUGUUCAGUGGGAAACCUUAAGAAGGUUACUAUAUUGUAUAAAGCACAACUCUGAGCUUAAUAAACAUUGCAGUUGCCAUCUCCUUCAAGCACCUGUGCGAAUAUGAUGGUAGAAAGUAUAUCUUUUUUAUUUUACUUGCACUGUGACAUACUCUAAGUGGUUGUUUUUAGUGAGAAGCAAUCAAUUUCACAAAGCUACCCUUAACAUUGUACAGUAUUUUAUUUUUUAUUUUUUAUAACUUGCUACCUAUUGUGGCAUAUUGUAUCUUUGUAACUUUAUUUUAAAAUAAAACUGUGUUUGAUGGAU